GCCGCCUCAGCCGCGAGCGCCCGGAAGGUCUCGGCGUCGCUGAGGGAGAACCGGCCGACCCACUACCAGGCGUCAGGCUCGACUGGCGACCCCGAGGCGCCCGACAUGAUCAGCCCCAAGUCCAGCGAAUUCUUGGGAUUGGGAGCGGGGGCGCAGGCGGAUCUCGAUCAGCCCCCCAGACCGCAGCAGGAACUGCUGAGGGGUCCCAGCUCAGUGAGUCCGGCCACACGGACGCGAACAAGUGUGAGGACCGAUAUGACCACCGCGGACUCGGCCUCUGUGCAAGUGGAUGAAGAUCCUGGAGCCAGCUUGUUCCCGCCACCACUGCCCCAGCCUCGGAUCUGCAUGUGGAAAUACCUGGAUAUCCAUUCUAUGCACCAGCUGGAGAAAACAGCCACUGUAGAAGAGAUGAGGGAGGUACUGGCUGAGCUCAUGGACCUUGGUGGUCCUGAACAGAGCUUGAGGGAUGCCAUUGUUUUGGACCUCUUUUCCCAUGCGCUUAUCUUCUGCCGCCAGCAGGGCUUUUCACUAGAGCAGACGUCAGCAGCUUGUGCUAUGCUCCAAGAUCUUCACAAGGCCUGUGUUGCUACCCCCUUGGGCAACGUGGAGGAAUGCUAUCGCUACUUUACCAGUGUUCUUUUUUGCCAUGGAGUCAGGCGUCCCCCCUUCAGCAUCAACCUCUUUAGAGAGGAACAACUGCUAGCAUUGGCCGACUAUGUGGUCAACACCUACUUCCGCCACUUCAAGCUCUACAAAUAUGUCUUCACGCCUCAGGUGCGGCUGGAUUUGUCUUUGACUUACAUGGGGCUACAGCCACCCCAGCUCCAGCCAGAGGGUAAGAUGGUUAUGGGAGGGCCAGGGCAGGGCUGGGGCAGGGCUAGGGUCAAUGCCUCUUCCUGCUUCUGGCAUACAGAGAAAGAAGACACCAAGCAGGCAGCUGAACAGGCAGUCACCCCACAGGAGGAGGAACCAGAAAUAGUGGCUGAGCCAGAGCAAGAACCAAGCCAGGUUGGCAUCCUCCAAACCUAUAUCAAGAACCAACUGAGCAAGGAGUUGGGACAGCUCCAACAGCUAGUGGAGGAACAGCUCAAGGCCAGCGAGGAAAGGCUGAGCAGCAAGCUGACUGCACUAGAGCGGCCCUCUCAGCUACCUCCCAGCAAAAGCAAGAACAAGACAAAAUGAUCCCCCUUGCAUUUUCCCCAAUAAAGACCUGGACCAGAGCCUCCCAAGAACCUUAUGGGCUUUCCUGAAGCCAGACAGCAGACAGGGGGCACUGACUUUCCCCAGCUUGGAGGUGGUUUUAUUUCAGAUGCGCAGGCAGCACUGACAAGGCCAGGUGUAGCAUCCGGAGUGGCUCCUUCCACCUCAGCUCUGUGCUACAAGCCCAAAAGCCAGGAAGGUAUUCAGGGCUGCUUUCUAUGA